UUACCCUUGAUUAUUCAGCUACAAACCCAGCAAUGUUGGCCAUGUUCUUGAGUUUUGACUUACAAUUUGCUCUCUCUUUGUUGUUUUUUGAACGUCUUGAGCUUUUGAUGGUGCAUUUUAGUGCAUAUGGGACAACCCCAUCAGGUCCUACCAUUUUAGGAUGGAGUCAGUUUCUUGGGAAGGAGGAUUUUAGGCAUAUUCCCAAGGAAAUGUUCUAUUACUACAAUAAUACAUACUAUUUCUAUUCAAAUUUUGGUAUACUGCUAGGCAUUGGCAUGUAAGGUUCCAUAAGUUAUUCCCCAUUGCUUGUAUUUUAGUCAUUUGUCCUCAUCGAAGGGCUUACUUUCGACCAUUGCGUUGAAUUGGAACAUUUGGUCCCAUUGUUUGACUUUUGCUUGCUACUUCAACUCUACAUUAAACCCCCUCAAAAUAAUUGCUAGACUAGACAAAUGCAAACCAAGACAGCUUGUGAAGAAAAGUCCGCAUGGGCCUAACUGGUUUAGAGGAUUCUUAUGGAUCUCUUUCACAAAGGUCUACUCGUUUGUGAUUGGCUCACUAGGUGAAAUUUCAACAUUUCUUUAUUGACUUGAAAUCUUGUAACAGAAACUCUCACAUAUGCAAGCACUGCUGAUAUUUGUAUACACCAAUUGAAUGGCUUGAAAAGUUUGACUUGGAAUCUCCCGAGAUGUUAUAUUAUAAAGAAGUUGGCCUAUAAAACUCAGUUGAGAGUCUCCACCAUUGCUUGUACGAUUUGCUGUCCAAAUCUUUUGCAGGUCUGAGCUUUGUCGUAGAGUUCUAUUUUCUCAAGUGAACUAGUUAUCCAUGGACUCAAGGGGCCAUUCCAAUGGUGGAGAACUUGAAACAAAAGAGAUGGACAUUAGAGACCUUUCAUCUUCGCGCAACAAUACUCAGUAUAUUCACAAGGUGGGGGUUCCACCGAAGCAAGGUUUCUUCAACGAAUUUAAAGCACGAGUGAAGGAGACUUUCUUUGCAGAUGAGCCUCUGCGAACCUUCAAGGAUCAAUCGAAGUCCCGAAAGUUGGCCCUGGGAAUUCAGGCUAUCUUCCCGAUAAUUGAAUGGGGGAGGAAUUACAAUCUGACAAAAUUAAGAGGAGAUAUAAUUGCUGGACUCACUAUUGCAAGUCUCUGUAUUCCACAGGAUAUAGGGUAUGCAAAACUUGCUAAUUUGGCUCCCCAGUAUGGUUUAUACUCCAGCUUUGUACCACCACUGGUUUAUGCUUUGAUGGGUAGCUCUAGAGACAUAGCGAUUGGACCAGUGGCUGUUGUUUCUCUCUUGCUGGGAACAAUGCUACAAAAGGAGAUUGAUUACCAUACACAUCCAGAAGCGUAUCUGCGGCUUGCAUUUACAGCUACGUUCUUUGCUGGGAUCACCCAAGCCACUCUAGGGAUGCUAAGGUUGGGUUUUCUGAUUGACUUUCUAUCUCAUGCUGCCAUUGUUGGUUUUAUGGGUGGAGCUGCCAUCACUAUUGCCCUUCAACAACUUAAAGGCUUUCUUGGUAUUAAAAAUUUUACAAAGAAAACAGACAUCAUCUCUGUUAUGCGCUCAGUAUUUGAGGCAGCGCAUCAUGGAUGGAACUGGCAGACGAUAGUCAUUGGAAUAGCUUUUCUAAGUUUUCUUCUAUUAGCCAAGUAUAUUGGAAAGAAGAACAAGAGCCUUUUUUGGGUGCCUGCAAUUGCUCCAUUAAUAUCAGUCAUUCUGUCCACCUUUUUUGUUUACAUUACCCAUGCAGACCAGAAAGGUGUCGCAAUUGUGAAACACAUAGAGAAAGGAAUCAAUCCCUCAUCAGUGAAGCAGAUCUACUUCACUGGUGAGUACCUCCUUAAAGGGUUCAGGAUUGGCGCUGUGGCCGGUAUGAUAGCAUUAACGGAAGCCAUAGCAAUUGGAAGAACAUUUGCUUCCAUGAAGGAUUACCAGCUUGAUGGUAACAAAGAAAUGGUGGCACUAGGAACAAUGAACGUUAUUGGUUCACUGACUUCCUGCUAUGUGGCAACAGGCUCGUUCUCUCGCUCAGCUGUGAAUUACAUGUCUGGCUGCCAAACUGCAGUCUCAAACAUUGUUAUGUCCUGUGUUGUAUUUCUAACUCUAGAGUUCAUCACUCCCCUUUUCAAGUACACUCCGAAUGCUAUUCUAGCUGCCAUCAUUAUCACUGCUGUGAUCAACUUAAUUGACAUUCAGGCAGCAAUUUUGCUUUGGAAGAUAGAUAAAUUUGAUUUUGUUGCUUGUUUGGGAGCCUUCUUUGGUGUGAUAUUUGCAAAUGUUGAGACAGGCCUCCUAAUUGCUGUCUCUAUAUCAUUUGCUAAGAUACUCUUACAAGUAACCAGGCCACGGGUUGCCAUUCUUGGAAAGAUCCCUAGGACCACAGUAUACAGGAACACCCAACAGUAUCCAGAAGCAACAAGGGUUCCGGGCAUUCUCAUUGUGAGAGUCGAUUCUGCAAUUUACUUUUCUAACUCCAAUUACAUCAAAGAGAGGAUAUUGAGAUGGUUGGCAGAUGAGGAAGAGCAAAUAAAGAAGGCUUAUUCAACAAAAACUCAGUUUUUGAUUGUUGAGAUGUCUCCUGUUACCGACAUUGACACUAGCGGAAUUCAUGCCCUGGAAGAGCUAUACAGGAAUCUCCAGAAAAGAGACAUUCAGCUAGUUUUGGCAAACCCCGGGCCUGUAGUGAUUGACAAACUCCAUGCAUCCGAUCUUGCUAAUCUGAUUGGCGAGGACCAUAUCUUUCUAACAGUUGCUGAAGCUGUUUCGUCCUGCUCCCCAAAAUUGGUGGAAGGGGUCUAGUCUAAGAUUUGAAUGCUAGUUCUUCCAGUUAAGUAGCCAUGAAAUGGAAGAAGAAUGGAGUGAAUACCUGCUCAGCUACAAAGCAGCAGUUUUUUUUUUUUUAAAUAGAUGCCUGAAGAUUAAUUCAGUACCUGAGUCAGCUGCAGGGAAAAGAAAAAAUGAACAAAAAAGAAGCGCACAACAAUGUAUUCUCUCAUAAAGCUAAAAGUAAAAGGUGAUGGUUUUUUGUACUUCGGAAAUGUCUCUAAAUAACAUCAUUAUGUAUAUAUCCACACUUAAUGAAGAAGCCUGCUCUUCUGAUCAAUUUUCCCCAGAAGAUUUCCCUUAUA